UAGUGAACAAUGUUAUUAAAAGCACUUUUGUUUGUCGCUGGUGUUGUGGCGCUAGCCAGCGCUGAAAAAUAUGAUGGGUAUAAAGUUUAUGAAGUGACUCCCACAACCGCUGAGCAAAUUGAGACUCUUAUCACACUCUCUGAAGAUGCAGAUAAAUUUGAUUUCCUCUCCCUGAGUCGUAUAUCCGGUGAUAGUGCACGUGUGCUUAUCUCGCCCGAGAUUGAGGAAUACUUCAAAAACAUACUUGAACAGAAAAAUAUAAGCUAUAAGCUCGAAGAUUCUAAUUUCGGUCGCUCUGUGAAUACUGAAAUCUUAGAAAACCGUCUUCUGCGUCAGUUGAAACCUUACUCCGGUACCGGUCGCCUCGGCACUGAGCGUUACUACACUCAGUCAGAAAUCAAUGCCUACUUGGAUGACUUGGCUGCCCGUUAUCCAUCACGUGUUUCACUCAAAGUUGUUGGCAAAUCUUACGAAGGUCGUACUUUGAAAACUAUUACCAUAACAAAUGGCGACGGCCGCUUGGGCAAAAAUGUUAUUUUGAUGGAUGGCGGUUUCCAUGCACGUGAAUGGAUUUCACCUGCAUCGGCAGUGUAUGCUAUUGGUGAAUUGGUAGAGAAUUUCGAGGAAAAUGCUGAUCUCUUACUAGAUUAUGAUUGGAUUGUGUUGCCCGUGGUCAACGCUGAUGGUUAUGAGUAUUCACAGGAGUCAAGCAGCACACGUUUAUGGCGCAAGACUCGUCAACCGGUGACAAUUAAUGGAAAAACAUGCUAUGGUACUGAUCCAAACCGCAAUUUCGAUUUCCAUUGGUUGGGCAAAGGCGCAUCUUCGGAUUAUUGCUCUAUUACCUACGCUGGCCCGCAAGCAUUUUCGGAACCCGAAACUGUUGUCGUACGCGAUCUUAUUCACACGUACAGCGGUCGCGGUAUUAUGUAUUUGACUCUCCAUUCAUAUGGUAGCUAUGUGCUGUAUCCAUGGGGAUAUACCAGCGAACUUCCGGAAACUGCCGACGAUUUGCACGAAGUUGGCUUGGCUGGCGCAGACGCUAUCAAAGCAUACAGUGGCACUAAGUAUACUGUUGGCUCAUCAACUGGUCUCUUAGGUGAGGCUGCUGGUGCCAGUGAUGACUACGCAUUCCAAGCCGGCUUCCCUAUUUCCUUCACUAUGGAAUUGCCACGUGGUGGCAUUUAUGGUUUCGAUCCACCAGCAUCCUCUGUUGAUCGUCUGGUGAAAGAGACUUGGGUCGGCAUUCGUGCUAUGGGAAAGAAAGUGACUGAGAAAUAUCCAUUAGUGUAAAGCAUUAACUUGUAAAGAAUUGGGCGCUUUUGAAAUAAUGCCGAACUCUUAUUGCUUCCUUAAUAAAAUUUAAAAGUUUUUUAAA